AUGGAAGAUUACAGUAGAGCGCCAUUGUUGGAGGUCGGGUGUGCAGCAGCAAAAGAAGAGAGAUGGUGGAAGAGAGUAGUGGUGGUGGACAUGGAGGAAUCAAAGCUCCAACUUGUGUUUGCCCUUCCAAUGAUUCUCACAAAUGUUUUGUAUUACAUGAUUACCUUGGUUUCUGUCAUGUUUGCUGGUCAACUGGGACUGAGCGGAGCGCUCGAAACGCUUUGUGGGCAAGCGUUUGGUGGGAAGUUUUACGGGAAGAUGGGGCUGCAUCUUCAAGCCUCUUGCAUCUUAUCAUUCUUUUGUUCCAUCAUUGUAUCAAUUCUGUGGAUUUACACAGAGCCAAUGCUAGUCUUGCUCCAUCAAGACCCCGAGAUUUCGACGAUGUCUGCAGUGUACAUGAAGUUUCUCAUCCCGGGACUAUUUGCAUAUGGCUUGCUGCAGAACAUCCUGAGGUUUCUGCAGACACAAUCUGUUGUCAUGCCUCUGGUUUUCUUCUCUGCAGUGCCAAUGCUCAUCCACAUAGCUAUCGCAUACGGUUUGGUUCACUGGACGCGUCUCGGUUUCACGGGAGCUCCGUUGACCGCUUCGAUCUCGUUAUGGAUUUCAUGCCUGAUUUUGGCUAUAUAUGUACUUAAAGCAAAGAGGUUUGAGAAAUCUUGGAAAGGCUUCUCAUUAGAAGCUUUUAGCUACAGUUUUUCAAGCUUAAAACUAGCUAUUCCCUCUGCAGCAAUGGUGUGUUUGGAGUAUUGGGCGGUCGAGGUUAUGGUAUCCUUAGCCGGGUUGAUGCCGAACCCGAAAACGACUACUUCACUAAUAGCAAUGUGUGACAACACACAAACCAUUGCCUACAUGAUCACCUAUGGUCUCAGUGCUGCAGCAAGUACAAGGGUCUCAAAUGAGUUGAGAGCAGACAAUCUUGACAGGGCCAAAACUGCCAUGUUUGCAACUCUCAAGCUCUCUUUCCUCCUCCCUCUUCUAGUUGUUUUGGCACUUGCAUUUGGCCACACCACCUGGGCUAGCUUCUUCAGCAACAGCACUGCAAUUGCAGAUGAGUUCUCUUCGAUGGUACCGCUUCUCGCUAUCUCAAUAACGCUGGACUCAGUGCAAGGCGCCAUAUCCGGGGUGGCUAGAGGCUGUGGUUGGCAGCACUUGGCUGUAUACAUAAACUUGUCAUCGUUCUACCUCGUCGGCGUAAUGAUGUCGAUCCUUUUUUGGUUUAAGCUUAGAUUAUAUGCUAAGGGUUUGUGGAUCGGAUACAUCUGUGGUCUCUCCUUGCAAAACGUUUGUCUUGUGUUGCUCGUUUUGUAUGCAAAAUGGAUCAAAAUGGAUCAAUCUGUUAAUGAAGUAAACGAUGUUCCACUUCUGGUGUAG